UGUAAAGUUUUGUACACUGUUUGUUUUGCAAUACAAAAUUUGGUUAUUACUAGCAUUUUUGUUUCAACUUUUGCUGGUUAGAAAGCAGACUUGCUUCAGUUUUGAUUAUCAGUGAUUUUCAAAUAACCCUGUAGUUCCAACCUGAAUUUGAAUUAAAGCAGCAGGAAAUGUAGAAAUACUGAUCACUCAUUUCUCAUAGACAUACAAUUAAGAUAUGAUAACACAUGGUUUGUGCAUACUUUUUCACACCCUAGUUACAAUUUAUGUGUUUUAUAUUACUCAAAUUAAUCACAUUUUCUUCUUGUAAUAUUGUAAAUAAUAGUUUAUUCAGAAUUUUUUUUUUAGAUUUCAGAUCAAAACCCUAUAAACUAAAUUUUAACGUAAUAUGUACAGUAUCAACACAUACUAAACAACAAAUACUAAUAUUACAAUUAUGUUAUUGAUUAAAUACAGAAUAAGGAAAUAUUUUUAAUUGGCAAAUUUGAAUAUACUUUAAUUACAUUAACAAUCUAAUUAAUAAAUUAAUUAGUUCUAUUUUUUAUUUUUUUUCUAUUCUGGUGGCACAUUCCAGCCUCUUAAUUACGUUAUUCACUCUAUGUCUUGUCUCAUCUUUAAGCUUCUGCUUGUGAUGCUAUUGAACUUUUUUCUAUUCACAUUCUUGUCAGGCUGGCAGAGAUGGAGGCAAAGCUCCGAGUGAUGAUUGAUGACCGAAUUGAGAAGUUGGUACUUCCAUCAGGAAUCCCGCCCACUGUGGAGGAGCUGCAAACUGUUGUGAAGGAGACCUUUGGAAUUUCUGAUGAGUUCAGUCUUCAUUAUUUAGACUCAGAAUUUGAAGAUUACUUUACUCUUCAUAAAAGUGACCAAAUUCAACACAAAGACACCUUAAAGGUUGUUCAGGCUGCCCCAAUUAUUCUUAACUUGCUUCCAGUUGAUGACAGUUCGGACAGUUCCUUUGUUCAACAGUCAACUGACUGUCAAAUGUCAACUGAAUUGUCAAAUGCAGAGUCAUCUUCUGGAACGUCAUCUUCACAGGACACCAUUAUCCUGUCUAGGAGAAGUACCACAGAGCGAUGUCAGCCAUGGCCAAAGCAGUUCCCCAUUCCACAGUUUGCAUACGAAACUGAGAUGUACCUUGAAAGAGCUGCUGAAGACUACAAGAAGAAUGGAACUCUUCUGACUACCUCAAAGGUCAAGGCAGACAUACUGGAGAAGCUGGCUGAAACUGUAUAUACAUAUACGGCCUAUCCAUCAAGUGCACAGAUAAGUGAUGUUGCUGAGGCACUUGUCAAGAAAUAUCCUUGUGUCAAGGAACCCGGCUCCUUCUCAGGUUACUAUGGAUGGCAACAGAGCAUCAAGUACAAGAUGGCAAAUUAUCGCACAAAACUCCGAGGCUACGGUGUUCCUGAGGUGAUGUGCAAUGCACUGAAACGCAAGAGCUCUGCGGACCAGAAGCCUGCAAAGAGUGUAAAAAAGCCUCGAAAGGCAGAGGUUAAUUACCUCCCUCCUUACCCGGCAGGAGAGGAUGAAGAAAGUCAAGAACAAGACAGGAUUCAGUUGCUUACUGAAGUAGGGAAAAGGGACAAUAACCAAGUGAUAAAAGAAAAAAUGGCCAAAACAUUUGCACACAGAAGAAACGAAAUCAUCAACCAAUCACCAAGCAUAGAGGACAUCAAAGCCAGAUGGCCCGCUCUGUUUGAGCCAUCUCAAAUCCAGGAUGAGUUUCACAGAAUCACAACUGUGCACCUUGAAUCAAAGUUCAUGUCCAAGCUGGAUGAAUACACUCCCAGGCUUCUGAACCUCUUCCACUCCAAGGGCGGAACCAUGGGGUUGAGGUUGCAGGCUAUCCUACUCAAGGUAUCCUUCAAUGAGUAUUAUGUUUGUUAAUAUUAUUUUUUAGAAAUUUUGUGAUCAAACUGCUGGAAGAUAAUUUGCUUACUACUUAAAUCUACAUGAGAUAAUGUUACCCGCUCAACAAAAAGAGUAGGCAAUAAUUGCACACCUUUUAAAUAGUUUGUAUACACUCAGUGGAUACUUUCUUAGAUAAAUAAAUAUUCAUGUUCAGUUUUUGUUGAGCUUGUCAGAGAUUUGUACAUUCAAUUAUGUGUUUAUCAUUGAGGUUAUAGCUAAAGGUGAUGUUGUACUGAACUGCAUUAUACUGAAGGGUGUUUCUAAUUCUUUGUACUCCAUAUUUACAUACAUGUGGGGGUCAGAAUAUUAGAAACACCUCAGAAUAUAGGGUAGUCCAGUUCAAUAUCUUCAAUAGUAAUGGCCUCAGUGCUAAAACAUACUGUGCGUUCCAAUACCCAUACUACCAUACUAUUUAGCAUGGCAGAAAAAGAUUUAGUAUAUAGUAAUAGUAUGUCAAAUGCAGUAUGCCAAAAAUACCAGGAUGUCCUACUACAUCCG